UUUGAAAAACAUUUUGUGUACAACGAAAGAGAACAAAUCGACACUAGAUUUGCAUUUUUUAAAUUUUUAUAAUUUUGAUGCAAACCGUUUUAUGUUUGAAUGCAAUAAAGUGUCCGUAAUACUUGAGUGUAUGUAUGCAUGUAUUAUAUAACAAUUUGGACAAUUUCCUUCUAGCAAUUAUUUUUUUCACGCAGAUAACGCUUAGAGACCAUCUCCAAAACAUAAUAUACGACUCCAGAAGAUAAAACCGUGAUCAGUGAUAAACUGCAUUAGGAGAUUUUAAAACUGGAAUAUGUACAACACGAUGAAAACUAAUUUAAUUGCAGAAGAGAAGAAAGUCUACUUGUUAGAUAGCUCUGACGAUGACAUCAUGUUCAACGCAUUUGAAUCAAUGUUGAAAAUGAAAUUCCAAGAAUACCACCACAUUGAAAGAAUAAAAAGUAUGGAUAAUGACAAAGUUAAAGAAACAAUUAUAAUAAUAUGCAAGCCAUCAACAUGUCGGCUAGAAAAUGAGCUUGACUUGUACCUGCAAAAUUUUGAUGAACGUGAAUUUGACAAUUGUCUUCUGGUAUUGGUUCACAACAGCAAUCUUGGUGAAAAUCCGCGUGUGCCUUCGAGAAAUAAAGUUGAUCACUUGCAGCGUUAUAAUACGUUACAUAAUAUAAUUGAUGUUGAAUGUUUAAUGUCAAGGGGAUCGAGAAUGAAAAUAUUGUUUGGCGAGGAAAUAUUGCAGCAGUUCCUUGGAAGCUGUAGAAAAAAGAAAAAUGAUGGAUUAUGUGCUUUCGUGGUAAAUUUUGCAAAGGAACACAAGAUUAUUGUUUGCAGUGUUGCGGCCUUUUCAUUUGUUGCUGUUGUUGUGUUUCCUGUCGUGUUUGUUACCUGCUGUAAUUAAUCUUUCAUUGCUAUGCACAAUGUUAUUUAUAUCAUUUAUAGUUGCAACAGUUCGGCUGUUAGCCCAAAGUUUUCAAGAAAAAAAAAACAAACACACGCACCCAGGCACACUAACACAUGGAGCACACAGGCACACUAACACAUGGAGGUCCAUUGUAACUUUAUUUCCAUUAAAAUUACUUAGACGUAACUUUUUUUUCAAUAGGUGUUCAUUUAUUAGGUUAUCAGUCAUUAGGUAGCAAGACAACUAAAGAUGGCAAAAUGUUUAAUGACUGCGACUCAUAACGUCGUUUGAAGAAAUACAAUGACAAAUUUAAAUGAACGUUCCUCGUAUUGUUGCGAUUAUAAAAUAGUAAAUGAUAGAGAACAAUCUCAAUUUUUUUUCAUCUUAUCAUUUUGCAUUUCACUAUCUUAAUGUUUUUCAUUGUUGUAAAUAACUGACCAUUUUUAGUGUAUAGUCUGUACAUACUUUCCAGGUGA